CCCGCAGGAAGUCCGAGCGUGUGUGCGUGUGUGGUGGGAAUCCAGGCACGGGGGUGACACGGAACUUCGGGCAGGGGGCGCGUUAAGCAGGAAGGGGGUCCCCUGUCCCUCCCUGGGGCGGGUCCCCUGAUUUCCCUGGGCUUUUUCCUCCUCCUCUUGCUUGCUGUCACAUUCCUGCCGCUUGAGUCAGGCCUGGAGGCGGCGGAGGCAGCGGCGGCGGCGGGCUGCUUGCUGCACCAGGAAGCGCAGGGCCCGCACCAUGUAACCAAAGCGGAGGAAGGAGGAGGAGAAGAGCGCGAGAGGAGGGCAAGGAAGGGAGCAAGGAGAAGCCGGCCUGGCCAUGGGGGACGGCGGAGCCGAGGAGGAGAUGGUGGAGCUGCCUCUCACUGACGCAAACUUGACAGGCCAUGAGGAGAAAGUUGGCAUGGAGAAUUUUGAACUACUCAAGGUCCUGGGCACCGGAGCCUAUGGAAAGGUGUUCCUGGUUCGCAAGCUGAGCGGUCACGAUGCUGGCAAGCUGUAUGCUAUGAAGGUGCUGCGCAAAGCGGCCAUUGUGACCAAGGCCAAAACAACAGAGCACACGCGCACUGAGCGGAUGGUUCUGGAACAUGUGCGCCAGUCGCCCUUCCUUGUGACGCUCCACUACGCCUUCCAAACAGACUCCAAGCUUCACCUUAUCCUAGACUACGUGAGCGGUGGGGAGCUGUUCACCCACUUGUACCAACGGGACCACUUCUCCGAGGACGAGGUGCGGUUUUACAGUGGGGAGAUCAUUUUGGCGCUUGAACACUUACAUAAGCUCGGCAUCAUCUACCGCGACGUGAAGCUGGAGAACAUCUUACUGGACAGCGAGGGACAUGUGGUGCUUACGGACUUCGGGCUGAGCAAGGAAUUUGUGACUGAGGAUAAAGAAAGGACCUUCUCCUUUUGUGGCACCAUUGAAUACAUGGCCCCAGAGAUUGUCCGAAGCAAAAGUGGACACGGCAAGUCUGUGGACUGGUGGAGUUUGGGCAUCCUGAUGUUUGAGCUGCUAACAGGUGCCUCGCCCUUCACGCUGGAGGGGGAAAAGAACUCGCAGGCCGAGGUGUCCAGGCGGAUCCUGAAAUGCAACCCUCCGUUCCCGUCGCUCAUUGGCUCUGUGGCUCGUGACCUGCUCCAAAAGCUGCUGUGCAAGGAGCCCAAGAAGCGUCUGGGCUCGGGGCCCACUGGAGCGCAGGAGAUCAAAGAGCACCCCUUUUUCAAGGGUCUGGACUGGACAGAGCUAGCGGCACGCACGGUGAAGCCCCCCUUCAAACCCCUCAUCCGCAGUGAGCUAGACGUGCGAAACUUUGCCGAGGAAUUCACCAGCUUGGAGCCCAUCUACUCCCCCGCUGGGACUCCCCCCAGCCUUGAACGUUUCUUCCAGGGAUACUCCUUCAUUGCUCCUUCCAUCCUCUUCAACCGCAACGCUGUGACAGCUGACGUGCUCGAAGCGGCACUGGGUGGGGAGCGCCCAGGAAGCGCUGCUGUGGCCCGCAGUGCAAUGAUGAAGGAUUCUUCGUUCUUCCAAAAGUAUGAGAUGGACUUGAAAGAGACGCCGCUGGGUGAAGGCAGCUUCUCCUUGUGCCGCCGCUGCCGGCAGCGCCAGAACGGGGCAGAAUUCGCCGUCAAGAUAAUCAGCAAAAGGAUGGAAGUGAACACACAGCGCGAAGUGGCUGCCUUGCAGAUCUGCGAAGCCCACCCGAACAUUGUCAAGUUGCAUGACGUCCAUAAUGACCAGUACCACACAUACCUGGUGAUGGAAUUGCUCCGGGGCGGGGAGCUCCUUGACCGCAUCAAGAAGAAGCAGCACUUUAGCGAGUCGGAAGCCAGCCAGAUCAUGCGCAGCCUGGUCUCUGCCAUCAGCUUCAUGCACGACGCCGGGGUAGUGCACCGUGACCUCAAGCCUGAGAAUAUCCUGUACGCGGACGAGUCGGAAGGAGCUCCCGUGAAGGUGAUUGACUUCGGCUUUGCCCGCCUGCGCCCCCAGAACUCGCAGCCCAUGCAGACGCCCUGCUUCACCCUGCAGUAUGCUGCGCCUGAACUCUUGCAGGAUGGGGGCUAUGAUGAGUCCUGUGACCUCUGGAGCUUGGGGGUUAUCUUGUAUACCAUGCUCUCUGGGCAGGUCCCUUUCCACAGCAGUCAGGAAGGGAGCGCAGCGAACCAUGCAGCUGAGAUCAUGCACAAGAUCAAGGAGGGGCAAUUCUCCCUGGAGGGCGAGGCCUGGAAGAACGUUUCCGAAGAGGCAAAGGAGCUGGUUAGAGGCCUCCUCACAGUGGAUCCUGUCAAGCGGCUGAAGAUGUCGAGCUUGCGCUACAGCGAGUGGCUCCAAGAUGGAAGUGCCCUCUCUUCCACACCCCUCAUGACUCCGGACAUUCUGGAGAGCUCAGGGCCUGCCGUGCGAACUGGCGUCAACGUUGCCUUUAUGGCCUUUAACAAGGGCAAGCGCGAAGGCUUUUUCCUGAAGAGCGUGGAGCACGCCCCCCUUGCCAAGCGACGCAAACUGAAGAUGUCGAGCACUGGCGCCGAAGCCCGUCGCAGCAGCAGCUCCUCCUCUUCCUCUUCCUCCUCCUCCGCGACUUCUUCUCGCCCCCACAAAGCCAAGGUUCCCAGAGUUUUCCACGACCCUCCCUCAUAGCACCCUGGGGAGAGGAGGUGCAUCGCUUGGUCAGGAGGGAAGUGGGUAUUUAUUGUCUAUGUUGCUGUUGAGGGAGGAAGCCCCCUCCCUCCACCACAACCCCCGAUUCCACCCCCACCCCCACCUUCAUUCAUGAUGGGGUCUGUUUUGUUGUUCAAAGUGGCCCACGUCUUUCGGAGGAAAACUCUCUGCGGGGAAAGAUUUGCAGCCCCCACCCCCUGCCCAGAGGACGACUCCUUGUGUUUCUUGCAGGGCACUCAGCUGCUGUAGGAAGAACAAGGAGACCAUAGGGCAGCCCUGUAACAAGGCACCACACCUUUUUAAAUAUCAAACCCGUGUUCCCUUUCUGAUGGUUCAGGGCCUGCUGUCACAUUGCAAAGGCAGGGCCAGGAGAGGUUGGGUUGUAUGUGCGGAGUUUUUUUACAUUGAUCAAGUGGAGGCCACGUGGAGGUGAUUCCUUUCCAUCCCAGCCCUCCCCCUGAAAGCACAAGAGGGGCUGGUCCCUUUUCCUGAGGGACUGGAGUCAGGCGAUUUAAGGUCAGGGGUUACAAUUGAAAAGGAACCCAGCCAAAAACAGCUGAGCUAUUUUCAUUAACUUCAUCAUGGCUUUUGUAAGACGUGGAUUUACCUCCUUUGAGUCCAAAGCCAUGUAUCGGGGGAGGGUGUGUGUAGACAUUUUCUCCUGGGAAAGGCGGCUAAAAAAGAGCAAAAAA